CGCGGCGAGGCCCGUGCCGGGGUGCAGGAGCGCGGGGAGGGCAGCCCACGCAGGCUUCUGCGGCAGCCAGAGGAGCUGCCCGAGUUGGCGCACGGCCCCUGCCCGCGCACGGAGGAGCUCGAAAGUUCGGACGAGCGCAGCUGGGAGAGCUGCAGGCAUCUGGGCGGGGAAGCGGUGGUCCUUGGAGCAUCCCUAGCGAGUGGGGACAGACUCGAGCUGCUGGGGAGAGCCAGGCCUGUAGGGCCCCGGGGGCCUGAAGGAGAGGGGCGCCUGGGGGUGCAGGAAGCAAAUUGGCUGCCCGGGGUGCAAGAGGGCCAGGUAGUGUGGGCUGUUCAGGAGACGUAUCUGAACGGUAAAGGGUCUCCAGCGGGAGAGGGAUUCCAAGGGGGACACAGGACCCGCAGGCGCAGACGACGAAGGAGGUGGUAAUCGGCAAGCUGCCUUCCUUGCUGGCAUCAGGGUUGCUCUAGUGCCAAGAGUAAUGCAGGAAGAUGUAGGGGAUUGGGGAGCAGAAGAGCGCUGUGAACCUGACCUUUGGAAGAUAUUGCUGGAGGGUAGGCACUGGCCUGCAAGAUCCUUUCUGCUACCUCAAGUCUGAGCAUCCUCGAAGCAGUGUCUGCCUGGGGACAGCUGGAAACUCAGAGGCUGGGGAGCAGCAGCAUGCAGCCGGAGGAGGGAACAGGCUGGCUGUUGGAGCUGCUGUCCGAGGUGCAGCUACAACAGUAUUUCCUGAGGCUUCGAGAUGACCUCAACAUUACCCGCCUAUCUCAUUUUGAAUAUGUCAAAAAUGAAGACCUGGAAAAGAUUGGCAUGGGCCGGCCUGGCCAGAGGCGGCUGUGGGAGGCCGUGAAGAGGAGGAAGGCCAUGUGCAAACGCAAGUCAUGGAUGAGCAAGGUGUUCAGUGGAAAGCGGUUGGAGGCCGAGUUCCCUUCCCAGCACUCUCAGAGCACCUUCCGGAAGCCCUCCCCCACCCCAGGGGGCCUGCCAGGGGAGGGGACCCUGCAGAGCCUCACCUGCCUCAUUGGGGAGAAAGACCUACGCCUGCUGGAGAAGCUGGGGGAUGGCUCCUUUGGCGUGGUGCGCAGGGGCGAAUGGGACGCCCCCGCAGGGAAGACGGUGAGUGUGGCCGUCAAGUGCCUGAAGCCUGAUGUGCUGAGCCAGCCAGAGGCCAUGGACGACUUCAUCCGGGAGGUCAAUGCCAUGCAUUCGCUAGACCACCGAAACCUCAUUCGCUUGUAUGGUGUGGUGCUCACACUACCCAUGAAGAUGGUGACAGAGCUGGCACCUCUGGGAUCUUUGUUGGACCGCCUACGUAAACACCAAGGUCAUUUCCUCUUGGGGACGCUGAGUCGCUACGCUGUGCAGGUGGCUGAGGGCAUGGCCUACCUGGAGUCCAAGCGCUUCAUUCACCGGGAUCUGGCUGCUCGAAACCUGCUUUUGGCUACCCGGGACCUGGUCAAGAUUGGGGACUUUGGACUGAUGCGAGCUCUGCCCCAGAAUGAUGACCACUAUGUCAUGCAAGAACACCGCAAGGUGCCCUUUGCCUGGUGUGCCCCUGAGAGCCUGAAGACACGGACUUUCUCCCAUGCCAGUGACACCUGGAUGUUUGGGGUCACACUGUGGGAGAUGUUCACCUAUGGCCAGGAGCCCUGGAUUGGCCUCAAUGGCAGCCAGAUCCUGCAUAAGAUCGACAAGGAAGGGGAGCGCCUGCCCCGGCCGGAGGACUGCCCUCAAGACAUCUACAAUGUCAUGGUCCAGUGCUGGGCCCACAAGCCAGAGGACAGACCCACAUUUGUGGCUCUUCGGGACUUCCUGCUGGAGGCUCAGCCCACUGACAUGCGGGCCCUUCAGGACUUUGAGGAGCCAGAUAAACUGCACAUCCAGAUGAAUGAUGUCAUCACUGUCAUCGAGGGAAGGGCUGAGAACUACUGGUGGCGUGGGCAGAAUACACGGACGCUGUGUGUAGGACCCUUCCCUCGAAAUGUCGUGACCUCCGUGGCUGGCCUGUCAGCCCAGGACAUCAGCCAGCCUCUACAGAAUAGCUUCAUUCACACAGGGCAUGGUGACAGUGACCCCCGCCACUGCUGGGGGUUCCCUGACAGGAUCGAUGAACUGUACCUGGGAAAUCCCAUGGACCCUCCUGACCUGCUGAGUGUGGAACUGAGCACCUCCCGACCCACCCAGCACCUAGGACGGGUGAAAAGGGAGCCUCCACCUCGCCCACCUCAGCCUGCCAUCUUCACUCAGAAGCCAACAUACGACCCCGUGAGUGAGGACCCAGACCCCCUGUCCAGCGACUUCAAGAGGCUUGGCCUGAGGAAGCCAGCCCUGCCUCGAGGGCUGUGGCUGGCAAAGCCCUCAGCCCGAGUGCCAGGCACCAAGGCAGGCCGCAGCAGUGGGGGUGAGCUCACACUCAUCGACUUUGGUGAGGAACCUGUGGUCCCAACCCCACGGCCCUGUGCACCCUCCUUGGCACAGUUGGCCAUGGAUGCCUGCUCCUUGCUGGACAAGACACCACCACAGAGCCCCACACGGGCACUGCCACGCCCUUUACACCCCACACCUGUGGUAGACUGGGACGCGCGUCCGCUGCCCCCGCCCCCUGCCUAUGAUGACGUGGCCCAGGAUGAGGAUGACUUUGAGGUCGGCUCCAUCAACAGCACGCUAGUGGGUGCAGGCCUCCCUGCUGGGCCUAGCCAAGGCGAGACCAAUUACGCCUUUGUACCUGAGCAGGCGCAGAUGCCCCCUGCCCUGGAGGAUAACCUGUUCCUUCCAGCCCAGGGCGGAGGCAAGCCGCCCAGCUCAGUGCAGACUGCAGAGAUUUUCCAGGCACUGCAGCAGGAGUGUAUGCGGCAGCUACAGGUCCCCACUGGCCAGCUGACCCCCUCCCCGACCCCAGGAGGUGAUGACAAGCCCCAGGUGCCACCCCGGGUACCUAUUCCCCCUCGGCCCACGCGUCCACGUGUGGAGCUAUCUCCAGCUCCCUCAGGUGAGGAAGAGACAAGCCGGUGGCCUGGACCUGCCUCGCCCCCCCGGGUGCCUCCCCGGGAACCCCUGUCUCCUCAAGGUUCAAGGACCCCAAGCCCCCUAGUGCCACCUGGCAGCUCUCCACUACUGCAUCGGCUCUCUAGCUCACCUGGAAAGGCCAUGCCCACCACCCAGAGCUUUGCCUCAGACCCUAAGUAUGCCACUCCACAAGUGAUCCAGGCUCCUGGCCCACGGGCGGGCCCCUGCAUCCUGCCCAUUGUCCGCGAUGGCAGGAAGGUCAGCAGCACUCACUACUAUCUGCUGCCUGAGCGCCCUCCUUACCUGGAACGCUAUCAGCGCUUCCUGCGGGAGGCCCAGAGCCCAGAAGAGCCGGCCGCCCUGCCCGUGCCCCCGCUGUUGCCCCCGCCUAGUACUCCAGCCCCUGCUGCCCCCACUGCCACCGUCAGACCUAUGCCUCAGGCUGCCCCAGACCCAAAGGCCAACUUCUCCACCAAUAACAGCAACCCAGGGGCACGGCCGCCAUCCCUGAGGGCCACUGCUCGGCUGCCACAGAGGGGCUGUCCAGGGGACGGGCAAGAGGCUGCUCGGCCAGCAGACAAGGUCCAAAUGCUGCAGGCCAUGGUGCAUGGGGUGACCACAGAGGAGUGCCAGGCUGCCCUGCAGAGCCACAGCUGGAGUGUUCAGAGGGCUGCCCAGUAUCUGAAGGUGGAGCAGCUCUUUGGGCUGGGUCUUCGGCCUCGGGUGGAGUGCCACAAAGUCCUAGAGAUGUUCGACUGGAACCUAGAGCAAGCCGGCUGUCACCUUCUGGGUUCCUGUGGCCCUGCUCACCACAAACGCUGAUGGUUGACUGGAGAGCAGCGGUCUGCCCUAAACGAACCUCUUGAACCUGUCUGUGGGACAAGGGUGGGGGAGCUGCCCUGCCUCAGGCCCGGAGGACCCACAACUGCCUGCGGCUCCCAGGGGACAGUGAGACCCAGGCAGCAGGAGGCUGGGAGCCUCACCUUGCCCACCUCGCUCACCCACCCAGCGCUGUUCUGCACACCUUGGUUCAGCCCUCAGUGCCCCAAGAGGUGGGACGUUCCUAGCCUUGUGAAGGCAAGACAGGAAGCUGCCUGGCAGGCUCUGUGUGACCUGCCUCUGGCUCCAGAUCAAGGCUGGGCAGGUGGCUAGAGUGUGCCCCAGGCUUUCUCCUGGGGGAUUAGACUGACAGGAAGCCAGGCUUGACAUGGACAAGAAGGAUGUGUUGGCCACACAGAAGGGUGAGCCAGCACCCAACAGGCCCUCCUCAGGGCUAGGCCCCUUUCCAGGGAACCCCUGUAGGAGUGUUAGACAGAAUGUGACCUGUAGCUUCACUGUGAACUUGUGGGCUUGGCUGGUCUUAGGAUCUUGUACCUAUAAACAGCCUGAAGUGGCUCAGAAACAGAAAAGGUGCCAGGAUCUUCUCUGGCAGGGACCAGGGCCCAAGGCCCCGGAUGUGGAAGGAGACCCCAGUGGCACCAGUACUUUCCUGUUUGACCUGUUCCUCCCCUGUUGCUAUCUGAUGUGUUCCCAUCAGCCUCUGUUGCCAAAGUCGUGGCCCCAGCUAUGGAUAUCUGCUUCUUCCAGAGAAAUAAAGCUUGUUUCUAUUUUAUGUUA